CCCGCGGUGUCGGUGUGGCCGGCCAUGGGGGAGGCCGGGCCGGCUGCGGGGCCGGGUGCGGGGCCGGGGCCCAGGGAGGCGCAGGAGCCCGAGGAGGACGAGGCGGCGGCGCCGGGCGGCACACGAGGGUGCCGGGUCGGAUCCCGCGGCGGCAUCCGGGUGCUGAAGAGGAACGCCAAGCGCACCGGGAGCAGGAGCUGCCAGAGCAGGAGUCGAGUUGGCUCCCGUGAGAGGACCUGGCUGAAAGGGGACGUCGGACGAGGCUGCGUGUAUGUUUAUGGAAGAGACUCAGCAGCUGCGGCUCCUUCGGACUUGCGCCUAGUCCUCUGCACAGUGGACACCCAAGCCUCGGAGAUCUGUGACGGAGAAGGGAGGAAAACCCUCUUUUUGCAGCUUCAUGGAGACCUGGUCAGGAGGCUGGAGCCCACAGAAAAACCCCUUCAGAUUGUGUAUGACUACUUGGCUGGGUUGGGUUUUGAUGAUCCUCUCAGAGUGCAGGAAGAGGCAGCAAACUCUGAUCUCAGCUGUAUGAUUCGCUUCUACAGCGAAAAGCCGUGUCAGGUGGAACAGCUGGAUCGCAUCCUGCUCUCUGGAGUCUACAACGUACGCAAAGGAAAGACCCAGCUGCACAAGUGGGCAGAGCGCUCAGUCACUCUGUGUGGUACGUGCCUCAUUGUGUCCUCAGUGAAGGACUGCCAUGCAGGGAAGAUGCACAUCUUGCCUCUCGUUGGAGGGAAGGUGGAAGAGAUGAAACGUCGGCAGUACACCCUUGCUUUCACAUCUGCUGGAGCACAAGCUCAGACAUACCACGUUUCCUUUGAAACGCUGGCAGAGUGCCAGCGGUGGCACCGGCAGGCAUCCACGAUUGUGUCUAUGCGAUUUAGCAUGGUUGAUCUUUCAUGCUACAGCCUUGAGGAAGUACCAGAGCACCUCUUCUACAGUCAAGAUAUCACCUACCUCAACUUACGCCACAAUUUUAUGAGAACAAGUGGAGCAGGGAGUCUUGACUCUCUUUGCAGGUUUUCUCAGUUGAAGAGUCUGAACUUGUCUCAUAAUAGACUGGGAGAGUUUCCUGUAUCACUGUGUGAGAUCUCUACUCUGACAGAGCUUAAUAUUUCCUGUAAUGGACUUCAUUACUUGCCAAGUCAGAUUGGCAAACUGUUGAAUCUCCAGACCUUCUGGCUUGAUGGCAAUUUCCUCACAUCCUUACCAGAAGAGAUGGGAAACCUGCAGCAGAUCAGCUGUCUUGGGCUUUCCUUCAAUAACUUCUGUGAACUGCCAGCAAUUUGUGAGAAACUUGUCACCUUAGACAAACUAGCCCUGGCAGGGAACUUGCUAGAGACCCUGGACCUGACAGUGCUGAACCGUAUGGGUCACAUCAAAAGUGUGGACCUGAGGCUGAACAACCUGAAGAGAGCAGCAGCUGACACUCUGGAGGGGAACAAAUCUGUGGCUUACAUGGAUUUACGAGACAAUCAGAUGACAGAUCUGGAUCUGAGCUCCUUGGUCAGCCUGGAGCAGCUGCACUGCGAGCGAAAUAAGCUGAGAGAGUUGACACUGAGCGGCUUCUCCCUUCGGGCCCUGUAUGCCAACAGCAACUGUCUGACAGCUGUCAAUAUUUAUCCGGUUCCUGGUCUACUGACAUGUCUAGAACUCUCUCACAAUCAACUACAGUGUGUCCCAGACUGGGCCUGUGAAGCAAAGAAACUGGAAGUUUUGGAUGUGAGCUACAACCUACUCUUGGAGCUUCCAUCAAGGAUCCUCAGAAGCUUGAGUCUUCGGAAGUUGAUGGUGGGGCACAAUCGUCUGCAAAGCCUUCCACCUCUUCUAGAACACAUUCCACUGGAGGUGCUGGACCUUCAGCACAAUCUGUUGACUAAACUCCCAGAGACACUCUUUGUCAAAGCUCUGAACCUCAGGUACCUGAAUGCAUCUGCAAACAGCCUGGAGUCCUUGCCCUCCACAUGUCCGGGGGAGGAGAGUUUGAGCAUGCUGCAGCUGCUAUACUUGACUAAUAACAACCUCACAGAUCAGUGCAUCCCUGUCUUGGUGGGACACCCAAACCUACGGAUCCUGCAUCUGGCAAACAACAACUUGCAGACUUUCCCUGCAAGCAAACUUAGUAAGCUGGAGCACUUGGAAGAACUGAAUCUGAGUGGAAACAAACUGAAAACAAUUCCUACAACGGUUGCAAACUGCAAGCUACUUCAUACACUUAUUGCACACUCUAAUGAAAUCAGCAUUUUUCCAGAAAUCCUGCAUUUGCCCCGUAUUCAGUUUGUGGAUUUGAGCUGCAAUGAGUUAACUGAAAUCCUAAUCCCUGAGGCACUGCCAGGUGCCUUGCAAGAGCUGGAUCUGAGUGGAAACACAAACCUGGUGUUAGAACACAAGACACUGGAUAUCUUCAGUCAUAUUACCACACUGAAGAUUGAUGCUAAGCCCUCCCUCACGGCAGACUCGGCACUCACUUCUGUCUUCUGGAGUCACGGAGUAGCUGAGAUGGCAGGCCAAAGAAAUAAGUUGUGUGUGUCGUCCCUGGCACUGGGGAGCUUUGCAGAGGGGGUGGAGGCUGUGUAUGGCAUGUUUGAUGGUGACAAGAAUGAAGAACUGCCACGUUUGCUGCAGUGCACCAUGGCCGAUGUGCUCCUGGAGGAGGUACAGCAGUCUGACACCAUGUUCAUGUCCAACACCUUCUUGGUCUCCCACAGAAAGCUGGGCAUGGCUGGGCAGAAGCUGGGUUCCUCUGCUGUCCUUUGCUACAUUCGCAAUGAGGUGGCUGAUCCAGCCAGCAACUUUUCUCUGACGGUGGCCAAUGUGGGGACGUGCCAAGCUGUUCUGUGCCGAAGUGGAAAAGCACUGCCUCUCUCCAAAGUCUUCAGUCUUGAACAAUGUUCAGAAGAAGCCAGGAGAGUCAAGGAACAAAAAGCCAUUAUAACAGAGGACAAUAAAGUCAAUGGUGUGACUUGCUGUACUCGGAUGCUGGGCUGCACGUACCUGCAUCCUUGGAUCCUGCCCAAACCACAUGUCAGUUCCAUUCCACUGACUGUACAAGAUGAAUUGCUACUUCUAGGGAACAAAGCUCUCUGGGAACAUCUUUCUUAUGCAGAGGCUGUCUCAGCUGUGCGGCACCUACACGACCCACUAGCUGCCGCAAAGAAACUCUGCACUUUAGCCCAAAGCUAUGGUUGCCAAGACAAUGUUGGUGCAAUGGUGGUAUGUCUGAACAUCAGUGAGGACAACUGCACGUGUGAGAUGCACGGCCUCACUCUGACAGGCCCUGGGGGAUUUAGUUCUACCACCACCAAACCAGCAACACCUUCAUGUAGCAGUGGAAUUGCUUCAGAGUUCAGCAGUGAACUGUCUGCUUCUGAGGUUAGCAGUGAGGUGGGCUCUACUGCAUCAGAUGAACACAGUGCUGUUGGUCUCGAUGGCAGCUUGCUACCACGACAAGAACGACGUUGCAGCCUACAUCCUGUGCCCCCCUCAAGCAUCUUUCAGCGCCAACAUUCCAGUGCCACCUUCUCUAGCAACCAGUCUGACAAUGGUCUAGAUAGUGAUGAUGAGCAGCCUGUGGAAGGUGUGAUGACAAAUGGCAGUAAAGUGGAGGUAGAGGUGGACAUCCAUUGCUGUAAAGGAAAGGCUCUGGAAUUACAACAUCCUGCUGCAGAGUACAGCUCUUCUACUCCAGGGCCAGAGGAUGACUCUGGGCUUGUACUCAUCAUUCGGAGGCAGAACAGUGUAAACAGCAACACUGUGCAGAGAGGGGUUAAGGAGAAGUGUGAACUCCAAAAAUCUCUUUCCACAUGUUGUCUUUAUGGAAAGAAGCUUUCCAAUGGCUCCAUAGUGCCCUUGGAGGAGAGCCUCAACCUCAUUGAAGUAGCGACAGAGGCACCCAAGAAGAAGACAGGCUAUUUUGCUGCUCCAUCCCAGAUGGAGCCAGAAGAUCAAUUCGUGGUGCCACCUGAUCUGGAAGAGGAAGUGAAGGAACAAAUGAAGCAGCACCAGGAGGACAGAGCAGAUCAGGAGCUGAAAGAAGAGCAUGCAGCAUCCCUGCCAGAGGAGUUUGACACAGCUCUGUAACCCUACGAGUACCAUUCCCACAUUAUCUGUCCCAGGAAGCUCUGUUUAAUAAGGGCUGUCAUGCCCUCUGAGUGAGCUGGGAUCUGCAAGGAGUACAGACACCUGCUGCUUCCUUAAUGGAGUUGAGGAAGAAUCAGGAAGGCCAACGUCUAGGCUGUCCACUUAACCACUGUAGCAUCUCAGUUGUUCUAUGAGCAGACAGAUCAGCAGCUGAGCUCUGUGUUAGGGACUGUCUGGUAAGUCUUUGAACCCUGAGAUUCUGCCAGCUGUGCUGGAAAGGGGCUGGCAUAUGUGUGUGUGGGGUGAGGAGGCUGCUGAGAGAGAAAUGCUCAGUGUUUAGAGUCCUGUGAACAUUUCUGAUGCAGUGUCCCACCCUCCCCCCCCAGCACCUGACUUUGUUAUUCCUUGAAAGAAUACAGACAGUUGCAAUGAGGCUGACCUGAGAAUGGUUUCCUGUAUUAAUUGCAAGCACUUUUAUUUAUUGCACUUAAGCUGUUCUUUUCCCUUUCAGCCCAGCACUUUAUUAUUUAGGGUUAGGGGAGAAAGCACUCCACAGCAGGUAUGCUGUGGACUUUUCCCAAUUAAUGUUCUUAGGAUAGUGGAGGACUCAGGGUACCAGUGUUCUGAUGAGCACUGGUGUAGGGGAGAGUGAAGGUUAUGGUGGGAUCAUUCUGUGCAGGAUGAGAAAACACAGCUGAGUGAUAAGCAGGUGCCAACCGAUGCAUUUUAUAUGGAGCAUAGGAAAGAUGAGGACUGGUUGAAUAAGGCAAUGUGUAGAUCUAGUGGCUCCAGCUGCAGAGCACAGACCCACCUCAGCAGCAGCUUGGCCACCUUCAUCAUGGAUGCUUCACAGUAGAGGCUUCCUCUACAGAAGACAUGGGAUAAAGCCAGGAGCUUGUGCUUGUCUCGGUGGUCAGUCAGAAGAGCCAAGCUGUAAACAAUGGUGUGCUGCUCUAAGACUGGCAGAAGCAUCCAGUGCUCUUUUCCAUCAACAUAAACCUCUGCAUUGUCAGCUACAGCAUCUUUGCUUGCCUCUAGAAGCAGGAGUCAUAUUCCAAAUACACAGCAACCAGCAUUUCAUGGUAUGUGCCCAAUUUGGCCACAAACAAGGUGAAAGUGUACUUGUUCCUAAGCCUUCAGCACAAAAGCAAAAAUUAAACUUUUCAUCUUAUUCACAUUUUUAUCAGCACUGAAAAAGAUGUUUAAAACAGUCCCACUAAUGAUGAACUGGCUAGUCUGCACUCAGAUGCCUUGUAUUUCUAUUUGGAUUUUUGGUGCAGGGUGUAAGUUGGCUGCCCAUGUUGUCAUCUUGUAUAAGGGUUGUGGAGGUCACUGCCUCUGUAGCAUGCAGAUCUGCCUUCCUUCCUGACAGAGCUGGAUAGCAGCUGUCCUUGUCAUGUCAGUGGUGCAAUAAUCCUGACUGUGAUGUGGGCUAGUGCCUUUUCUUCAUUAAUUAUAUAUUUAUGAAGAAAACAUAAACGUUUCUUCUGAAGAGAUCUGAGGGGCUUGAGUUUUCUAUUUUUGGAUCAAAUUUGGGCCUUGCUCAGGAGGAAAUACUGUGCAGACUAUUUGUGGAAUUCUGUCAAUAUAGAUCUUUAGACAAAAUCUAAUGGAGUUUUACUGAGAUUUCAGAGCACCUUGAAUUUCUUCUCACUAGGAAAAAAAGGUAUUUCUGUCAUGCACAAGGAGCAACAUUUUAGGAUAUACUUUGUGCUAAUUGCAGUGUAAUCAUAAAACAACCCAACUCUUUGCAAAGUUUAAACUCUCACAAUUUUUGGUUGUUUAAAUGCUUAUUUCGUUUGGAACUGGAGGUUGAAGCUAGUUCUUAAAGUCACAGAAACAACAGCACUUGAAUCCUUUAGGCAGAGGAAAAACAGCAGAAAAGAUUCAAAUGCUAAACCCCAAAACUCUUUCAUGUUAUCAUCAUGUAAGUAUGCAGGAGAGGUUCAUCUGCAAUGUAUUCAACUGCAACUUUGGAUUCUGUUACUGGUGAUAAUUUUACCAAAUAUCUGUGCCUAGCCUCACUGUUUCUGAUAUCUGAAAGGCUGUGGAGCAGCCUCCAUUCAGUAUGGGACUGAUGCAGAAACCCUUAUUUCUGAGUAAGACUCUGACAAGCCCUGCACUCUGAGUGGCACGUAUGAAUGCAAAUCAGGUCUCUGUUCCUUGCACUGAUGUGGAAAGUCCAGUGUAUCCUUGCCAGUCUGAAUCAGUAGUAUUGCAUGCAGAAUUGCCACAAGGAGUUAGUAAUGAACAGCUCUACCUAGCUCAGUGUUAAAGGAAUAAGGAAAACACAGCUCUGCAAUAGAGCAUGCAGAUUUCUGAACUGUACUUCUUAGAGGUAGUGGCAGAAUGGAACAGAAAGAAUUCCUACUUGGACUUUUUCUCCAGUGCUGUUUCUGGUUUUGAAGCAAAAAGGGAGUUUAAAUACAGCCAGCUCCUGUUUUCUAUGGGUGUGAACUGUCAUGGAAGACAUGGCUUGUUAUCUUUCUUCCAUUCCAGGCAGAAUCCACAGAUUUCUGUGAAGCUGGUAUUAUGGACUCUGGGAAGCACAGGCUGAGUUGACUUUAGCUGUUCAAAAUAGUUUUUCUCUGACUAAGACAAGCGCUGGUGUCCUCAAGCAGCUUUUGGGUAUUUUCCAUGUGCUUCUUCCAAGGAUUAAGCUUUUCCUUUUCCAUUUCAGCCACAGUAUUGUGAUGCUUUUUCUCCAGUCAUCCAAAAUCUUUUUCAUGCAUUAAAAAUAGUGCCUGUUCAUCACAAAAAGCGCUGUUUUUUCCUAGGCCAGUUUUGGGUGUCAGCAAAGACACUGGCAUAAUUUUUUUGUGCAAAUGUCUUGGAUUUUCUAACACAAGAUUCCAACUGCUGAGACACGCUUCAACGUCACUGUCAUCCAAAGAAAUGGGUUUUUUUCUGACAUUGGUCAGUCAGUGGUGUGGCUGGGUUAUCUUCAUCUGUCUGGUGAGGACAACGCACAGAACAGAGUGCUUCCCUCCACUACCUUUUGUUUUCCUUCCUCCCUGUGUGUCUCCCCUACUGUAUUUAUUAACACUACCUUAGAUUUCAAGCUCCCAAGGAGCACUGCUGUAGGUAGAACAGGUAUGAAUGGGCAGUCUACUGAAGGACUCAUAGCAGGGUAUAGAAAGUGUCUUCCCAGUUAUCUUCCUGUUCUCCAGUCCCUUCCCUGAUUUUUGUUUUUGGAGUUUGCAGAGAUACUAUGUGACCAUCAAAUAUAACCACAUCACUGAGAAUGUCCCACUCAUUUGCAGACUUGCUGUUAGAGAGGGGUUCUCACCUUGAGGUCCUCUGGCUAUUUUGUCCCUGCUGAGCAAUGCAAGCCCUCCCACACUGCACGCAGCCACAGCCAGGUGAGGCUGAGGAGGUUGCUGGUCCAUCUCUUCAGUAAUUCUGGCUCUGCUGAUAAGCAUGCUUGCUGAGACAGGUACUGUGAAGGCACUGCUCUGUCCUGUCCUGUCCUGUCCAGAAAGGCUUCUGUAAAAGGAACCCAUAAAGGUUAUAUUGAGUGGUGGGUAGUGGGGGCCCAGGUGUUAAAGGUAAGAGCCUCCAAGUUGCCCCCAGAACAAGGAACAGGCCCAGUGGAGGCAGCAUCACAGACUGUUCAUACCAGACUGCAAUCUUCAGUUAGAUGGGAGGGUAACAUCCUGUUAGAAGGAGGAGGAAGUAUUUUCCUCUUUCAGGGACAAGCUGCUGUGAAGUCUGAAAUCUUUCCUGUAGUACACAGGACCUUCAGCCACACCUAAGGCUUUGGACCUGUGGGGUUUCUGCACUCCUUCCAGAUAGAUGCUGGUGGCUUUUGUGUCACUUGCCAAAGGCCUUUCUUCAGGCAGAUCACCUCUUUGGUCUUGUGCAAUCAUUGUCUGCUGUACUAUUGCUCUCUAAAGACUCAACUGUAUUUUUCCUCUUUUUUCACAUUUUAAAAUGUUACCUUUUUAAAAUUA